AUGAGGAAGCAUAAACGGUCGUUGCACGUCCCCCACGAAUUUGCCCUCGCCCUCGCCCUCUACGCCUUCACGGUGGAGAAAAUCCAAGACGGCCGCACCUACGCGAUUAGGAACAUCAAAUCCGGCACUGUCGUCGAGGUCGCGAAGGAUAACAAGUCCAGUGCGUCUUUCCUUGUUUCAAACCGACUGGGCGAGGUCGUCCAGCACAGACAUGUAGAACUUACCAUGUUCGUUAUCAUAGUCGUCGGGAACGUGCUCAAUAGUGCGCCGAACCAGAAGUGGACGACCAACUGGACAGGCAAAGGCUGGACACUCCGCUCAGUCGCGUCAGGCCAGUACCUAAGCAUCGCAGGCCCACCCGCCAACGGCACAAAGCUCGUCCUCUCCGCCGCCGCGUUCGAGUGGCAUAUCUGGCAUGAUGAGGUGUACCCUGGGGUUUAUCGGAUCUUCGUACCCUACACAACCCAAAACCUCGACCUGUACAACUAUGGAGACUUUGCACCCGGCACGCCUGUCACGCUCUGGAAUAGGUGGGAGGGGGCGCACCAGUUGUGGGAUUUCGAUCCAGUUCAAUGGGUUGUCUCCAAGGGUCGUUAG